CUUGACAACCAGGUCUGACAACAAUGCCGGUCGACCUGCACUACAUGUUGCCCUCCGCACCCUGCCGAGCUUCCAUGCUGACAGCCAAGGCUGUGGGACUGGAACUCAACCUCAAGCAUCUUGAUGUGUUCGCCAGUGAGCAGAUGAAGCCCGAGUUUUUAGCCAUAAACCCUGAGCACGUCAUUCCUACCUUGGUCGACGGGGACUUUGUUCUUUGGGAAAGUCGCGUCAUCUGUACCUACCUGGCCUCCAAGUAUGGUAAGGACGACUCCCUGUACCCCAGUGACCUCCAGACCCGAGCCAAGGUUGAUAGGCUCCUCUACUUCGACAUGGGAACACUUUUCCAUCGCUUUGGUGAAUAUGUGUUUCCAGUCUUGUUCCGGUCACAAAAGGAGUUCAACCCUGCCAAGCUAGAGAGGCUUCACGAGGCGCUCGGCUGGCUCAACGACCUGCUGGAUGGCCACGACUGGGCUGCGGGCAACACACUCACUGUCGCCGACCACAGCCUGGCAGCUACCGUGGAGACCUUCCUUGCUGCGGACAUUGAUCUCAGUAAGUAUAACAACAUCCUGUCGUGGCUGAAGAGAUGCAACACCAAGAUGGCUGGCUACAAGGAGAUAAAUUUGAAGGGUUCAGAGGAAUUCAAGAAGAUGUUCAAAUCAAGAUCUAGUUCAUAAAUUUAUCAAGAAACAUCCCUAUGAACUUGAGAGCAACAUCUAAUACUGUUCAUUGGUUCCAGGUUUCCAUCCUUACUACUAGACACUCCGCCGUCACUUGACGAAUAUGUACUUCUUAUGCUGCUACAUCUAGCAUGGGCCAGUAGGACUGCAUUAAUGCCUCUUUAUUUUUAUGUUUUUGAAGGAAAGUUGAGUUGGUCUUGAAGCUAAAGACAUACAGCCUCUCGCGUUCUUCUUGACCUAGCAUCGCCUUACCUUGUUCCCUUUAUAUAGCUUCUGUGUCAUUCUUAUGAUUGUAUUCUCUUGAUAAAGCUCCAGGAGAGCAAAAUGUAACCAGGAUAAAUGUCUCAUUAGUU